CCAUGGACGGAACGUUGUAUUUUGUCAAAUACCUAAAGAAAAUAGAAUGCCCAUAUUCUGUUUAUGGUAAAUUGUUAGUCAACUGAUCAGAAUUCAGAAUUCAGAAUUCAGAUCCCUUAUCUAUCAGGCAAAUACACAAAAUUACACAAAUUAUACUUACCAUAUUAGAAAAGAUCGGUCCUUUUUCUCCUUUGUUCACGUUUUCUUAAUUUGAAGUCAGUUCAAUAAUUCUUGUCACAAACCCUAAAUUCUUGACACUUGCUGAUUGCAAUUCAACUAUCUGUUGGUCCUGAUCCUUCAAAUAGCGCAGAAGGGACCAGUUAGAACCUUGACAACAUUACCAGGAAUGGUAUUUUUUAGAUUGAUCGGGAAUUCAGUAUGCAAUGGCUUCUGAUAGUGGAAGAAGCUUACCACAAAGAGAGUUGUUCCAAAGGGAGUUUCUGGUGAAGGCUGCAGCCAUCUAUGAUGAUGACUUUCCAAUGACCCUCUUGAUGAUUAUACUAGUUUUGAGGAAUUUCAGUGCUAGAAUUAUUUGUUGAUGUAAUCAUGAUGAUGGGGUCGAGAUUUGGGCAACUUCUUUUAUUCUUUCUGUUUGUAUCAGCUUUGAUUUUUUAUGUCACAGAUGCAUUUGAAGAAGUGAGCGUACAAAGGGUAAUAACCGCUCCUUUAAGGAAUGCCCGAACCAAUAUAAUUGAUGGUUCUGGUAAAGAAUAUGAUGUAGAUUCUGUCAGUGUAGAUGGAAAAGGUGAAUGGACUGGUGAUAACACCAGAGUUUCUGUUUCAACUGUUGCAUUGUUCACCUUGGCAAUGGCUGCGGCUAGUGGUCUGGGAGCAAUACCAUUUUUCUUUGUGGAGUUGGAUCCUCAGUGGUCGGGAAUAUGCAAUGGAAUGGCUGCUGGAGUGAUGUUGGCAGCGAGCUUUGACCUUAUACAGGAAGGACAGGAUCAUGGAAGUGGUGGAUGGGUUGUAUUUGGUAUUUUGGCUGGUGGGAUCUUCAUUCUGCUUUGUAAGAAGUUUCUUGAACAAUAUGGUGAAGUGAGUAUGCUGGACAUUAAGGGAGCAGAUGCAGCAAAAGUCAUCCUUGUUGUUGGGAUUAUGACCCUUCACUCAUUUGGGGAGGGUGCUGGUGUUGGAGUAUCCUUUGCUGGCUCGAAAGGUCUUUCUCAGGGUAUCUUGGUAACUCUGGCUAUUGCCGUGCACAACAUACCCGAGGGUUUAGCUGUGAGCAUGGUUCUUGCAUCAAGAGGAGUUUCUCCGCAGAAUGCCAUGCUAUGGAGUAUAUUAACUUCCUUACCGCAGCCUAUUGUUGCAGUACCAUCAUUUAUCUGUGCCGAUGCAUUUAACAAAUUUCUACCAUUUGCUACUGGCUUUGCUGCUGGGUGUAUGAUUUGGAUAGUUGUUGCUGAGGUUCUUCCUGAUGGUUUCAAGGAAGCCUCACCAUCUCAUGUUGCAUCAGCUGCUACUCUUUCAGUAGCAUUUAUGGAAGCUCUUAGUGCUCUGUUCCAGAGUUUCGGCCACAACUACAAUUCGGAGGAUGCUUCUGCUUUCCUUGUUUCUCUACUUUUCGGACUUGGUCCACUGCUUGGUGGUGUAUCUCUUGUUGCAUUUGCUCUUGCUUUUCGUCUUCAGCAUGCUCUCCUGACUGGUGUAGCCUGCGGCACAGCCUUCAUCCUCGGUGCAUGGCGUCCAUUGCAGCUAGUCUUAUCUUCAAAGAUGGGGUUUAUCCCCCUUGUAUCGCUCCUCGCAACAGGAUUCUCAUUUUCCCAUUUUUCAACGGCUAGUGUCACUAAAAUUGGAAGUCGCAAGAGGACUUCAGCAGAUACUUUAUCUACUGUAACCGGAUUUCCAGUUAGUGCUCUCACCCUUCAGUCAAUCCUGUGUUGUGCUGCAGUUGCCCUCCAUGCACUUUCAGAGGGGCUUGCUUUGGGGGUCGCUGCACCUAAAGCUUAUGGACUUGGUCGGCACAUGGUUCUUCCUGUCUCACUUCACGGACUGCCACGUGGUGCAGCUGUUGCUAGCUGCAUUUACGGAGCAACUGACAGCUGGCAUGCGUCCCUUUUAGCUGCUGCGCUUAUUGGCUUCAUAAGUCCGUCAUCUGCAAUCGGAGCAAUACUUGCAGGUAUUGACUACAGUGGUCUGGACCACAUCAUGAUGUUUGCCUGUGGGGGAUUACUUCCAUGUUUUGGGAGCAUUUUUAAGAGGGCAAUGAGUCUCGAAAAGCAGAAGAGUAUUACGGGACUGAUAAUAGGCAUUUUGUUUACGAGUAUUUGUCUAGCAUUUACUAAGUUGGUUUGUUUGCAUACACCUUACUGCAACUCUGCACCAGAAGCUGUUAGGUGAUGAAGUUGCAUAAAUGAUAACGUUUUGGAUAUAUUGACCUCAAAGUUAACUCAGUUUGCACCCAGCCUUGUGCGCUUCAAACUCACUGAAAGCUGGUUGUGUAGAUUUUUCUCGACAAAGGAGCUAUACAGCAGUACAGGAAGUUCAUCAGGGGAGAGAUGGGAUUGUCUAUUGUAUAUUAGUUUAGCCUUUAUUUCUUUGGAAGUGAAAGCCUUUUAGCGAUAAUCUUGAACGAUAUCCAGAAGUAUAUUCAUGACGAAUGAAAGAUAUUUUAUGCAUAUUCUGUAUUUAAGUAUAAUUCUGUAGAAUGGCAUGUUUGCGCUUUCAA